CCGGGCGGGGAAGAGGGCAGAAAAGGUGACCUUUCCGAUUACGCGAAGGGGUUUUCGUCCUCUUCUCUUUAUUUGGCUGGGUUCGAUCGCUCGAAGCGCUGCGAUCUCCAUCAGAACCUGGUAUCAGAUGCUCGAAGCCGUACAGUUGCCUACUUUAUGGGGUGUGUGUUUCUGGGGUUAUCAAGAACAUGCUCCUGUGCUCUUUUGCGGGGUUACAUUUACUUUUUUGUUGGUUUCAGGAUCUAUCCCACCGACUAAUAGUUGGAAUGACUGAAGAAGGCACAGCAAUUGACGCAGAGGGAGCUACAGGGUCAAAUAUUGGUAACCCACAACUUGAGGACAAAUCUGCUAUAUGCGACACUGCAAGGGAAGAACAAAUGGAUGUAGAUGAGAAGAAGGAAGCCAAAGAAAUGGACAUAGAUGGACAGGAGAAAAGCAAAGGCAAGAAGGAUGUGAACAAAGAUGACCAUGUUUUAGAAGAGGGUGGAGAAGAAAAGAAGGAAGGUGAAGCAGAAGAGGAUGGCGAGGAAAAGAAGGAAGGUGAAAUAGAAGAGGAUGGCAAGGAAGAGGAAGAAGGAGAAACAAAAGAGGAGGGGGAGGAAGAAAAGGAAGGUGAAAUUGAAGAGGAUGGGGCGGAAAAGAAGGGGGGUGAAAUAGAAGAUGAUGGAGAUAAAAAGACGGAAGGGAAAGUAGAUGGAGAUGAAAAAAGGGAAGGUGGAGAUUGGGAGAAGGAAGUUGAUGUAAAAGAUGGAGACAAAAUGAAGAAAGGUGAAGUAAAAGAAAAUGGAGACAAAAAGAACGAAGGUAAAGAAGUGAUUGAUGCUUUAGAAAAUGAGGAUGGACAACAAACUGACAUAACAAAUUUGGAAAAUGUGGGCAGUGAAAAAGAGUACACCGAGAAUGUAAAUACAGUAGAACCUGAAGAUGUGAAAAUGGUGGAUGCAGAACAUGUGAAGGCUGAUGCUGUGGAUGUGAAAAUGGUAGAUGCAGAGGACGUUAAAGAUGAAGAAAAAGGAGGCGAGACAGUUGAACGAGGGGUGCAGGAUGCGACUGAGAAUGAUGUGAAUCUGGAAGAGGAUGUUGGGAUUACUGCAGAGAAGGUUAAUGAGGAUAAGGGGGGUGAUCGGUCAAAAAAGAAAAGGUCAGGGCCGAAGAAGUCUGGUCAAAAAGGGGAAGGAAAGGAUAAGGAUGGUGAGACAAAGGCCAUGAAAUUGUUGGCGUCUCCUGGGUCUUCCAUUGAACGUCCUGUGCGCGAGAGAAAAACUGUGGAAAGAUUGGUGGAGGUCAUUGAAAAAGAGCCAAAUAAGGAGUUUCAAGUUGAGAAGGGCCGUGGCACUCCUUUGAAGGAUAUACCAAAUGUGGCCCACAAACUAGCAAGAAAAAGGCCUGCAGAUAUUAAGCUGAUUCAUCAGACUCUUUUUGGAAGAAAAGGAAAGGCUGUCAACUUCAAAAGUCAUAUUCUUCAAUUUUCUGGAUUUGUAUGGCAUGAAAGUGAUGAAAAGCAGAGAGCUAAGAUGAAGGAGAAGCUUGACAAAUACGUAAAAGAUACACUCUUGGAUCUCUGUGAUUUAUUUGAUUUAUCUGUUUCCAGAGCAAAUAGUAGAAAGGAGGAUCUUGUGACAAAGUUAUUGGACUUUUUGGUUGCUCCUCAUUCCACAACUGACAGUGUACAUGCUGAGGACCAGAAAUCUAGAAAGCGUAAAAGAAUGGAUAGGGGAAGUGCAUCAAAGAGAAGAGGGGUGCUGACCAAGCAUCCAGAGAAGUGGAUUAAAAGUGAGGAAACAGCAGCCACAAAAGAGAGUAGUGCACAAGAAACAGAAGAUGAAGAGGAGGAUGAGAAGGUGGUGGAUGUUCAUUCUGAAGAAAAGGUACGCAAGCAUUCUGAGAGUGAAGCAAAGGAAACUGAAUCCGGAGAAGAUGAAGAUGAAGAUGAUGAUGAUGUAGAUGAAUAUGAUGAAAAGAAAUUGGGGAAAGGCAAACCGGAUAAAAGAAAAGUUGGCAGGCGACAAGGUUCUGUUGCAAAGGAGAAGUUGAAGGUGGGCACCAGCCCGAAGAAGAGCUCGCUGCCCAUGACCACCAACAGUCCUGCAAAAAGAUCAUUUUCCAAGCGCUCUAAGGCUGAGGAGGACAAUGACGCAAGUAUGAAGGUUUUUGUCAGCAAGAAGAGAAACUUGGGUUCUCCAAAGAAAAAAUCAACUCCUAAGUCAAAUACUAAGGAAAAAACCACUGAUAAGAAGACGGCUCGAGGCAAGCCUAGAAGGCUGGAGGUGGAGCAACCAACCAAGGAGGAACUGAGAAAUAAAAUAUGUGAAAUUUUGAAGGAAGUUGAUUUUAACACGGCAACAUUCACUGACAUACUCAAACAGCUGGCUGCAUACUACAAAAUGGAUUUGACACCGAGAAAAGCAUCUUUGAAGCUCAUGAUCCAAGAAGAGCUGACCAAGUUAGCUGAGGAAGAUGAAGAGGACGAAGAUGAAGAUGAUGAUGACGCCGAGAAGGAAGGAAAACCAGAAUCGAAGGGCAAAGCGGUGGAAGCUUGAUCGGCACAGAAAGAUCUCACAAACAUGGUACUUAACCUUUUAAGCUUGUGCAGCCACCUUUAACCUAUCACAACAUCUAAUCGUCGGCUCGACAUCCCUCCCUUUUAGCUUCACCUUUUUCAUGUACAUUUAUAUUAUAGAGUUGUAAACAUCUUUUGAAGCCUAUGUUAACCCUGGUACUUACCAUGGCGACCUGGUUUCUGUGGUGCAUCUUUGCUGCCAGACACUGAAUUAGCUUGACUCAUCCCCAAACACACAAGCUGGUAUAUCUUCUCUGUUGUUGUCUUCAAAUUAGACUAAUUUAAAGGACUCCUUCCAUUUCUUUA